AUGUUUAUUAAAGCAUUGGUUUUGGGAUCCGUUGUCUGUUUGGCAUUUUGCGUUGAGUUGAAUCGCACGCCUUACGACACGUUUGAUAUAUGUGCAAACAAUGACCCGGCUAAAAUUAACGCACUACAGGGCCAACUCAUCAAAGACCUGCUCGCAUACCUGCCAGCUCUGGGCAAAGAUGGUAAACUCGGUCCCCUAAAGGUCCUCAACUUCAUCCGCAAAAACAUCAAAGAAAUGGACGAAAAUAUGAUGAAUUACGCGGACGAACAGGAAAGCAAAGGCACGCCCGUCAUCGCCGAGGUUUGCCGAGAUAUUCAUUGGUAUGUCUAUAACAUUGGAUUCACUCGAGCGAUGGCUGAGGCGCCGUUCAUAAGCAACUCGACUGAUAAGCCGCUAGCGAUCGGCAAAUUCGCCGCCACUUCCGAAGUAAUCAAUUGGAGAACCAAAUUAGACGCUAAACUCCGCAAAUGCCAGCCGACCGACGCCAAGGAUGUGGCCACCGGUGCCGCCGAAUGGAAGGCUGAAACCGAUCAGGUUGUGGCCGUUCUCGACGACCUGAUCCCUAAACUGCAUCAACUGGGCUCUGAAUAUUGGGCCAAACAACACGAGAGGAUGAGAGCCUUCAUUGUUAACGGCAUUCCUAAGAUUAACGCAAAAGUUGCGGCAGUUGUGGACCCAAACUUGAAGGCCGAAGUGUACCACCAAUUGGUUUUGAAUUUGCAUUUGUUAAACACCGUCGCCUCGAGCCGACCCCCGCAAUAAACGCACAACAGUUUUGACUUAAUGACAAUUAUGAGGC